AGCAGAGCAAUCGCCAAGGAAACUUUUCCUUCUGCAAAAGCCUCACAAAAACCUCUUAAAUUGCCAUUUCGAGGUUCGAGCUCCAUAAGAAGAAGCCAGAGUAACCAAAAAAACAAAAGAAAAAAGAAAACGGGGAGUAGAUUGGGAAGACCAGUUGUCCACUUGGCGAACCUUCCAAUCAAGCUACUAAUGCCAAACACCUUCACCAACAUGAAAGAAAUAGCUCUCAAAACCAUCCCAUCGGCAUCCAAGAUCGAGAUCAAACGCGUCCUCGAAUCCCUCUACGGUUUCGACGUCGAAAAAGUCCGUACUCUCAACAUGAAAGGCAAGAAGAAGAAACGCGGUGGUUUCUUAAUCGCCAGACCCGAUUACAAGAAAGCUUAUGUCACUUUAAAAACCCCUCUUUCUAUUUCCGAGAAUCUUUUCCCUAUUCAGAUUAUUCAAGAGGAAAAAGAGAGUAUGAAUAAGAAUAGUAAGAGUAAGAGCGUUGUGGGAGAAGGGGAAAAGAAGAAGCAUUGGCUUGAUGGGAAGAUGAAGGAUGAUAGAGUAGAGAAGGGGAAGGGGAAGGCUUAUUUAUUUGUUGACGUGUUAUUUUGAGAUGGCGUUUUAUUUUUUUUUCUUUAUUUUGAAUUGCUUAGCUUUUGUUGGAUUGAUUGAGCAUAAUUGAGUAACUUGUUUAACCAAAAUGGAAUUGAUAAACUUGCUUUCUGGUUUAGUAUAAUUGUCGAUCAAACAAUUCUAUGAAUCCUCCAGUGCCUAGUUGAAAAAUUGAAUUCCUGUUCGCCUUCUGUUUCAUUAGAGAUAUAUAGGGUGAGGUAUCUUAUGAUGAUAACAUUCAGUCUAAAGUCUAAACCUUGUAAACUAGUCAAAAAUGGAAAGGCAUAUAUGCGGUUGAGGCUAUUGGCUGGAUUGAGCAUUGACGUUACAAGA